AUGCUCGACCGCGCAGGGUUUGACCGUCUCCGCUUUGUCCCAAUCACUCGAGUGGUGCGAGGUUUGACCGGUGUACUUCAUGCUGAGUGGUGCAGGUUUGAAUGUCCUGCUUUGUCCCAAUCACUGAGUGGUUCAGGUUUGACCGGCGUACUUCGUGUUGACUGGUGUAUGUUUGACUAUCCUGCUUUGUCCCAAUCACUGAGUGGUGCAGGUUUGACCAGCGUACUUGUUGCUGACUGGUGCAGUCCCAUUGGAAGUGUGGGAAAUUUUGAUAAUGUUGUUAAUGAGGCUAACAUUGAAGUUAAUGAAUCUCCCAUCGAUGUUGAAGAUAAUGAAGUAGAAGAGAAUCCAUUUGCAGCCAAGAAAAGAAAGAAGACCUCCAAAGUUUGGGAUGAAUUCAAAGAAGUUACUCUCUCAGAUGGAACAAAAAAGGCAGAAUGUAUUCAUUGUAGGCAUCAACUUGGCCUAUUGAAUUCUGGAACAACAACUCAGUUUAUCCGCCAUUUGAAGGUGUGUGUGAGACGACAAUUAGCAUUGAAGGGACAAAGGCAGCUGACUUUCUCAACAAAUUUGGCAAAAUCUGAAAGUGUGAAUGCAAUUCAAACCUGGAAAUAUGACCAAGCAAAGAAUAAGUACAAGCCUGUCAAAAAAGACUGUAUAUCUGCUUAUGACAUUGAGAAAAAAAGAGUAACUUCAUUGUUGAAAGAAGUUGAUCGAGUUAGUAUCACUACUGAUUUGUGGACAUCUACGGUGCAAGAUGUAGAGUAUAUGGUUGUCACUUGUCAUUUUGUGGAUUAUGAUUGGAAAUUGCAAAAACGUAUGUUAUGUUUUCGUUCUAUUGUCCCUCCACACACUGGUGUUGCUGUUUGUGAUGAGUUAGCAAGAUGCAUAGCUGAUUGGGGUCUUGGGAAAAAGUUGAUGAGCGUCUCAGUUAAUAAUGCAAGUUAUAAUGAUGUUCCUGUGAAUUUGUUGAAAGCUAAUCUGAAUUUGAACAAUCAAAAUGCACUUGUGAUUGAUGGGAAAUUAUUUCAUGUGAGGUGUUGUGCACAUAUUUUAAAUCUCUUGGUUCAAGAUGGGCUUGGUGAAAUUAGUGAUAUAGUUUGCAAUGUGCGUGCAAGUGUGAAGCAUAUUAGUAAAAGUGUGUCUCGUCUUACUAUGUUUAGUGACAUUACUAAGCAAUUAAAUCUGUCAAAUAAAAAGCUUGUUCUUGAUGUUUGCACAAGAUGGAAUGCUACAUAUUACAUGCUUCAAGCCGCUCUAGAUUUGAAGGAUGUCUUUCCUAGAUAUCAACUAAGAGAUUCAAACUACCAUUACUUGCCAUCCGAAGAAGAUUGGAGUUGUGAGUAUCCUACUUCAAAUUUGUUUCUCCUUGAACUCACAACUGUGAAGAAAGCUUUGUCUAAACAUGUGGAAGGUAAUUAUGCUUUUGUCAAGAUGCUUAGAGUUGUGAGUUUGUUGGGAGGAUGA